AUGUGUAUGGUGUACAGGGAUGUUGAUAAAGUUCACGAUCUGAUGGACGACAUUGGUGAGCAGAUGGAUUUGGCUAAUGAAGUAAAUGAUGCUAUAGCAUCGCCCAUUGGGUUUGGGCAAGACAUUGAUCAAUCUGAGAAAACAUUCAUGACCUCCUUAGCCUCAUUUGCUUUGCUCCCCAGGGAUGUUGACAAGGUCCAUGAUUUGAUGGAUGAAGUCGCAGAGCAGCAAGACAUAGCCAAUGAAAUUUCAGAAGCCAUCUCAAAUCCUGUUGGCUUUGGUACAGAUGUUGAUGAGGAUGAGCUAAUGGCAGAACUGGAAGAGCUGGAGCAGGAGGAUUUGGAUGCUCAGUUAUUAGAAGUUGGUGGUCCAGUCACAGAUCAGUUACCUUCAGUUCCUGUAUCAGAGCCUGUGGCCAAGACCAAAGGCAAAGCCCAGGCAGAUGCAGAUGAUGAUCUAGCAGAGCUAGAAAUGUGGGCAUCGUAAGACUUCACUGGCGCCCUCUUUUAUUCAGGACUUAACAUACAAAUUCUUGUCUUUAAAAGGAAAGGACCUUCUCCACAUUUUUAUUUAUUUAUUUAUUUUGAUGGCUAUAAGAUGACCUAAAGCUGUGUGCUUAUAGGUUUUUAAAAAAACAGAAAUAUUCAAGUCCACAUUUGAAGAAACCAGUAAGUGAUUGCCUUCUCCUGCUCCACAUUUUCUCUAUAAUUCUUUAAACAUGCUCUUAUUAUAAUGUGAUGUGAGAUAUUGUAUGGAUUACAUGAGGGGAUUGCAACUAAGUGUCUGCUUCCUAAACAUCUUUCCCUGUUAAUACUAAUGAAAACUCUGCAAAGUAUUGCAACGGUUUAAUGUUGUCACAUUGUAUUGGGAAGACUGUUCGAAUGAAUGUGAUUUUCUGUUCAGAAUUCAUAACCCAUAGAAAAAAUUUGAAGAAUAGUCUUAUUUUAUCAUAAAAGAAAAAAAAAACAAAGCAUUUGAGGUAACCUAAGUGCAGAGGAAAAUUGUUAUUUAUUCCAUCAUUAUGUUAGACUCAGUUUCAUGGUGUUACAGUUUGAAA